UUUGUUUUACAUAGCAUUUCUUUGUUUCAGUUUUCUAUUUCUUUUUUCUUUUUUCUUUUUUAUAUAUAUAUUUAUUUUAUCACACAUAAGUCGAGGUGAUAUAUUUCCCGACUGUCCGCAAACGCGGCCGUGGCUCUCGCUGUUGCUAGGUAACGGACAGACGUGUCAUCAAACGAGUCCCCGGAGCAUUUUCACCCGCGCGGUCAAAUAAAAAACUCAUUUUCCAAAGUGCAUUUUGUGAUCGUCCAACAUGUCCACUCAUGUUUACCGUCCUCAAGAAAGAGUCUACGACCUUCUGUCCAAGGAAGAGGUCAAAUCUGAGAGACCUCCCAGGUAUGUGUCCAAGUUCAGGCCAGCAGUGAUCCAAGAAGAGAAGCUUCCCAAGAGACCUAUGAGGACGAUGGGCCCCGCUAAAGUAGAGGCUCCCUCUCCAGAGAAUUUCCUCAAGAAACACUCAAAAGAGCCGAAACUACCAGACAAGGUAAAAGAAGGCCGUAUCAACCCUCUGAGGAAGCCUCCUGUUCCCACGCACACAGAAAUCCCUCCGAUGGGCAUCCAGACCAAACGAGACUUCAUAAAGACCUGCACUUUUGUAACUACCAAACCCAAGCCCAUCAGCGUAGACACCCACAAGGGCCACAGGGAGGAGCUGGAGAACUCCGGUCGGGUCCCCAAGUACAUUAAAAAGACGGAUUUUGGUAAAGUCCCGGCGUAUCUCCAGCACCGUAACACAGAGAAGCAGAAGGCUCAGGAGCUUUAUGACAACUACGUGAAAGAGCAGAGAGAGAAGCAGGCCAUGAAGCAGCUGUCUGAGGAGGAGAGGAGGGACAUUCUCGAGGGCCUGAAGAAGAACUGGGACCGGAUCCAUCACGAGUACCAGGGCCUGUCCGUGGUCAUCGACACAUGGUCCAAACGGGCCCACAAGGAGCGCCUGGAGGCCGACAUGAAGCAUCUGGAGAAGAAAAUAGAGAUGUUUGAGAGGUUUAAAGUCAUCUACAUCUCUGAAAACUAGAACUAUCAGAUGCUUCUGCACAGAGAACAGGAGAAUAAAGACAAUGCUUUAACAGCUUUAACGACUUCAUCAUUUAAUUUUUUAAUCAAUUCAAUUACCACAAAAAGGUAGCUGAAUAUU